AACACGACGGGGCACCAUAAUCACCGGUCUGUCGAUCGAUCCGUGCCAGUGUAUAGCGCAUUUCACCAGAGAGCACGCCUUGGCUCCAGCGAACCAAGACUUCUCUCCAGUCGCUCUUAUCUUACUUCUCAUAAUGGACGGACACGGAGUAGGCGGGCGGCGCGAGUCCGUAUCGCAGCAGCAGAAUUACCGUGACGAGCAAUCUAUGCAGACCACCACAGAACAGCAGCCUUCUAGCACCGAGGCCAAGGCUCCGUCUCGCAUCAGUCAACCAAAAGUCAUCCCAGCCGUUUCUGGGACAAGCACGCCUGUCGAGAUCGGAAGCCCUUCGCCUGCUACCACACUAUCGUCCCGACCUGGACCGUCAAGUCAAAAAUCAGACUACUUCUCGAGUCGGAGGAAGCUCGAACCUCCCGUCACAAGAGCCACACUGAGCGAGCUGGAUGUCCACAAGAUCGUUCACAAUCCGAAGCUCCACCACGACAUCAACUUUGACCCCGAACUGCAUUUCCGUCCCAAUCUUGACGGCGAGAAGGGCCAGAAGAAGCAGGCGAGAGCACAGCAGUUUUGGCAGUCUCUGGCUUCCCAGCUCAGGAUGUUCAUGACUGAUCGUGACAGCUUCAUGAGCCUGUAUGGGCAAGGCCAGGAGUGGUGCUUGCCGAUGUUGCUCUCCUCAGUAAAAGACAUCAUCAACACUCUUGUGCCACACAAGGAUCGCGAGCAGCUGGCCGAAGGCCUCAACGUACCACACAUCAUGCAGCAGUUUGCGCACGGCAUGGCCGACCUGGAGAAGUUGGCGUCAUGGCUCUCGGGCGUUCUCAAGUCUCACUGUGCGCCUAUGAGGGACGAGUGGGUAGACGAGAUGUACACCCAGCUCACCAACGGCAACCGGAACAACGAUAUCGACGAGCUUGUCAAGGGGAUGCGCAGUCUGCUGAGCGUUCUCGAAGCUAUGAAGCUCGAUGUUGCCAACCACCAGAUCCGUUGCCUCCGCCCUGUCCUGAUCGAGGAGACAGUGGCAUUCGAGGACCGCUUCUUCCGGAAAAAGCUGCGUGAGGGCAAGUUCGACGCCACAGCUGCCAAGGACUGGUACACCCGGAUGAGCGAGCGGACUGAUCAGCACCACCAGGGCUCUGCACAGGCCUUUGGUGACAUGGCCAUCUUCUUUGAGUCGAUCGUUGAGUUGAUCAUGCCUUCCAGAUCCGAGGCGUUCCCCAACACAUUCCUCUUUGAUGAAGAGCGGAUGUCAAAGCUUCGCUCCGACAUGCUUGACGCCAUCAACCUGGAACUCUGCAUGCGCCUCUACGACAAGCUUGACCGGGCAUCGCCUACAUUUGAGCCCACUGCCACGACAGGGGCGGCCUUACCCCUGGACCUGGUCAUGGACGAUGACUCGGACUGCCAGUCAACUUCAUCCGCACGGUCGAGCAUGGUGUUCAGCUCUGCCGGCUCUCCGCAUGCCAGCCCUCGCUCCUCGCUCGUCUGCCCGACAAGACCCGCAUCAACGCGGCCUCAAGAUCGCAAGGUGAAGAGCCAGGAGCUGUACGCCUCGUUGGUGUCCCUGCUCCAGUCCUGCCCUGCCACGAGUCAACCGGCCCAGCGCUGGCAAGCCAUGAAGGACUCUCUUGCUUUGCAGAUCUUCCGCUUCUCGGAUGCUCCUACCAGUGACCUCAUGAUGUUUGAGGACAUGCUCGACCUCCAUCUCAGCGAGACAGCCUCGGAACUAUUCCAAGAAGUCGAGAAAGACUUCCGUCGCCGCCUUGUGGUCGAGUUGCAACAGCGCGUCAAGACCUUCAAGAACCUCGGUGCCGUCUCCCUAUUCUCGGUAGCCACGGGUGGUCGCCUGCCGUCAAGCGGCCGUGCGUCUACUGGACCGUCUGACGCGUCCAUUCGGGGCCGCGCCCGCAAUCCCAGCGACGAUGGGAGUGUCGCAGACAUGGCCACUCGCCUCGCACACCUUGGUCUUCUCCACUGGCGUGUAUGGGGCCCUCUCGUCUACUGUGACGAGGACACUGACGUCGAGAUGUCGUGAAGACGAUCUCUCUCAGUCAAUUUUUGGCGCUUUACAACGUUGCCACUCUAUCAUUUUAAUACGCCACUAGCGUCAUUCGCAAGCCAUCAA